CAAACAGCAGCAGACCCUUCUCCCGCUCCCCCUCUCGCUGGAUCCGUUCUGUUGCUCGCCCUCGCUCUUUCUCGCUGCCUAUCUCGCUCUCUCCCACUACCUCUCACUCUCGCUCGCUCCCCCUCGCCCUUGCUCGCCGCCUCUGCAAUACAAAUACGGUUUUGACGGGAGGGAUUUGGGAAGAGCAAAAAUCGAAACACAAGAAGCGUCGACCAGGCGAGUCGGGAGUCGGACCUUCGUUUUCUGAGCAUCAUACUCGAAUUCCCUUUUGCAAUUUAUCUCUGUACGCCGACAGCAAGUUCUUGUUGCUAGGUUAUGCUAUUCUAGAAUGGUGUGGUGUACUAGCUGUGCCAAAAAUUUUGAGAGGCCCGAAUCGGAUGAAAAUUACACAUGGUGUCCUGGAUGUGGAAGAGUUUUUGAUCAGUACAAUUUUUCAAAUGAACCAACAUUUGUUAAAAAUGCUGCUGGACAGAGCCAAUUGGCAGGAAAUUUUGUAAAGACUGUCCAAAGUGACUAUUCAGCUUCGCGGGAAAGGAUAUUGAGGAUUGCUUAUGAUGAUAUAAACAACUUGGCAAGAGGCUUGGAAAUGGAUGACGCCGACAUUGUUCUUCGUCCAGCUGUAGCCUUCUAUACGAUUGCACUUGAACGAAAUUUCACUAGGGGGCGCAGGAGGGAGCUAGUUGAGGCUACUUGCCUUUACAUCGCUUGUCGGGAAAAUAAAAAGCCAUUUCUUCUUAUUGAUUUCUCUGACUUCUUGAAAAUAAAUGUAUACGUUCUAGGUGGCACAUUCUUACAACUAUGCAAAUUGCUAAGCCUUGAGGAGCACCCCAUUGUUCAAAAACCUGUAGACCCUAGCCUUUUCAUUCAUAGAUUUGCAAACCGAUUAUUUGGGGAUGGUUACAUGGCAGUUUCCAAGACUGCACUUCGCAUUAUAGCUAGCAUGAAGCGAGAUUGGAUGCAGACGGGGAGAAAACCUGGUGGUUUAUGUGGGGUAGCAUUAUACGUAUCUGCACUUUUUCAUGGUCUCAAGUGCACCAAAUUAGAGAUUGUACGACUUGUUCAUAUUUGUGAAGCAACAUUGACAAAGCGGUUGAUGGAAUUUGAAAAUACGGAGUCAGGAGGCUUGACGAUUGAGGAGUUCAACACAAAGGCAGAGGAGCUUGAAAGAUAUUGUGGCUCAACCAAACAUCCAGAUAUUGCGUUUAAAUUGUGUGGGACAAAUGAAUUGCUUUGUGAACAUAAGGGCAGUGGGAAAGCCCCUUUUGCUCUUGGGCUUUGUGAAUGUUGCUAUAAUGAUUUCAUAAAACUUUCUGGAGGGCUUGAUGGAGGAUUAGAUCCUCCAGCUUUUCAGCAUGCUGAGUGGGAGAGAAUGAUGGAGGAGGCUGCCCAAGAAAAUGUCGAUGUUCCAAUUGAAGGUCUGAAAGACAGAGUGGACUUGGAUACACCAGAGAAUGGAAACAAAGAGGAGCCUUUUUCCAGGUCUGCUAGCAAAGGCCCUGCUACUGAUAACGUAGCUAUUAAUGAGGAUACUUGUGAUAAAUUCAAUGGAGUUGAUGGCAUGAGUAAUAUUGCUGAUGAUGAACAGGAAAAUUUUUCUGAUAUUGAUGAUAAUGAGGUUGAUAGCUACCUUCUCAACGAGCAGGAGAAACAAUACAAAGAGAUGAUAUGGACAAAACUGAACGAGGAGUACCUGGAGGAGCAAGCUGCUAAGGAAGCAGCUGCAGCAGCUGCCAAGAAAGCUUAUGAGGCAAAUUUUCACAACUGUCCAGAGGAAAUGCAAGCUGCUCAGGAGCUUGCCGCAGCUGCAGCUGCAGCUGUGGCAAAAUCUAGAAAGGAGCGGCAACAGAAACGAGCUACAGAAGCCAGGAAUUUGGGUCCUGCUCAAACUGCUGCGGAAGCCACCCGCCAAAUGUUAACUAAGAAGAGACUCAGUUCAAAAAUCAACUUUGAUGCACUGGAGAAACUUUUUGAUGAUUCUCAGGAGGUUCCAAAAAAAGCCAAGAAAAGUAGAACUGAAUCAUCACAUUCUGAUGAUGAUGAGCUGCCACACAUUACCAAAAAGGGUACUGAGUCAAAGCAUGAUGAUAGAAGAGAUAGUGAAUGGGGGGCACCCGAAGAUGAAUACGGCGAGGAUGAAGGGGACAUUGAGCAAGCACAUGACGACAAUUCGUACCAUGAAAAUUUAGGAGGAUAUGACUAUGAUGAUGACUUUGAACAUGACGGGUUCUGAAUGUGACAACGAAGAAAGAUGAAUCCUAGUCUUUCCCCCCUCAUCUGGAAGGAGCUUCGAAGUGCCUGAAGAUUGAAAGAGCAAGUAGAUAUUAAUUUGUUUCGGCUCAGUAUGGUGCAUUGUGCUCCCAUCUCUUGCGUAUCAAAGCCAUCCUUUCUUCAAUGUUCUCUGAAAAUCUUAUGGGGAUUUAGGUGUUAAAUAUUCUUUGGGGUGGAACUGUCAAGUGGAAAAAAGGGACAUUACUAUUAUUUGUUUGCUUUCAUUCUGUAAAGUGGUAUCCAAUUGCCUCAUUAAUGUUUUAACCUUAUGGUCCACUUCCUGAGGGUCACUUCAGUUAAAUUUAAUUGUCUCCCAGCUUAGAUUAAAUUUGUACAUGAUUCACUAAAUCAAAUUAUUAUUUUUUUUAA